AUGCCCAAAAAGCUCUCCAAAACCCCGCAAGGAGGCAGCACAUCCACCCUCGGCAACGGCACGCCCUCCACCUCGACCACCGCCUCGCUCUCCCUCCCGCGCAUCCUCACCGACGACCUGCCGCUGCCCAAGCUCAUCGUCUUCGACCUCGACUACACCCUCUGGCCUUUCUGGGUCGACACCCACGUCUCGGGCCCGCUCAAGGCGAACGCCGCGCACUCCGCCGCGACGGACCGCCACGGCGAGUCCUUCGCCUUCUACCAGGACGUCCCGCGCAUCCUGUACACCCUGCCGCUGGCGGGCGUGAAGCUCGCGGUGGCCUCGAGGACCAGCGCGCCGGAGCUGGCGCGGGAUAUGCUGAAGCUGCUGCACGUGCCGCCGCCGAGCGCGGAGGAGGGCGGGAGCGGGAAGAAGGAGAAGGCGCGGAAGGCGCUGGAGUUUUUCGAUGGUGGGUUGGAGAUCUAUCCGAGUAGUAAGAUCCGGCACUUUGAGGCGAUUUUCCGCAAGACGGGGAUCCCGUUUACGGAGAUGCUGUUUUUCGAUGACGAGAGCAGGAAUCGGGAUACGGAGAGCUUGGGGGUGACGAUGCAUUUGGUCAGGGACGGGACGAGUUGGGCGGAGAUUGAGAAGGGCGUGGCCGAGUGGAGGAAGAGGAGGGGGUACACGGGCUAG